AGAUGAUCUCGAGUUUCUGGAGAUUAACAAUCAAAAAGCUCAGAGCAACUCCUUUCCUUAUAACUUCACCACCUGUUUUUCUGCCAUGUAUAACUUCACCAAUGUCUUGCAGCUGGUGCAGACUUUGGAGAUGCUUCAAUUACUGGGAGUGAACAGAGUCGUGAUCUACAAAACAAACUGCAGUGCCGAAGUUCAGCGUGUGCUGGAAUAUUAUUCAGGCAAAGGUUUAGUUGAGGUGAUUCCUUGGUCUAUGGCAAAGUAUCUCAAGGUGUCUAGAAGAGCGUUUUAUGAUAGAGACCCUGCUGACAUCCACUACUUUGCUCAGAUCCCCGCUCUCAAUGACUGCCUUUACAGAUACAUGUACCAGUCCAAAUACAUGGCCCUACAUGAUCCCGAUGAGCUCAUACUGCCACAGUCAGUCAACAGCUGGUUGGAGUUGCUGGCAAUGCUGGAAAAGAAACACGGUGAUGACAGUUGUUACAAUUUUGAGAACCACAUGAUCCCCAGUAAUUUUGUGAAGCCUCCACCAGAACCGGCGACCCUGCCCCCACAGGACCUAUGGCAGAAGAUAUCGGGAGAAAACAUCCUGACUCACCUUUACAGAGAGCCCUUCAACCCUUUACCGGGUCGUCAGAACUAUAAGAUCAUUAUCAACCCACGAGCUGUUUUUGAACUAACUGUCCAUGGAGUGUUAAAGUCGAAGAAAUCCUGUGUCUGGGUUGAUGGGAAAAUAGCCCGGAUCUACCAUAUUAAACCUCGAGAUCUCACCGAACUGAAGCCAGAUCAGAUGAUUUACGAUGGCAGACUGCUGAGCUACAGCUCUCGUCUUUCAUCUGCUGUCAAUACUGUGCUCAGACAGACUGGAAUUCUACCGGCUUCAAGCAGCAGUUGAUCUAAAGCCAAAGCCAUGGAUAAAUGAGGUCAUACUGCUAUGCUCCACGCCCACCUUACAUCCUGCUGUGCUCAAAGAGACCGGACAUCUGGCUGCAGGGAGCAUGAACUAGACUCUAUGGACCAUUGUUAUAUAAACCCACCUAGAUUAUCAUAUCCAUUACAUCUACAGUCAAAAUGUGUAUAGUUCCUUAGAAUAAUGGUCAUUAUUUUGUGAUAUUAAAAGGUCACAUAUAUAAAUUGCCAAGCAAUGUGAAAUUACUAGUAGCAAUCUCUUUAGGCUAGGUCCAUCAAUGGAAGGUUUAUGUUGCUAUAGGUUUAGACUGCUGGAGGAUAUAGGGUCCCCUUUUCUUCAUUUUGCUUCAUUCUAUCUUUAUUCUGUCAUUCUGCAGUAUUCAUUAAUUCAACCUCUUUAUUUAUGUUCUCUCUGCUAUUUCUUAUCAUAGUAGCUUCAUCUGGUUUGUUCCUGUUUUGCUAUGACACCAUCCCUGAGAAAAAUAGCAGAUGUGCUGCUGCCAUUAAUGCCUUUGUCUAUAGAUGUUGGAGCUUGGCCUGCUUUUUUAUUGUAGUCAUGUUUCUCUAACUGUGACUACCUGGAUGUGCUCUCUUUCAUCCUCUGACAUGGGAGCUGGCUCGGAGCUCGUCUGCCUGGCUGUGUGUUCCCUGGGCCACCUAUGGAGCUGGUGACAGUUACCUUUUGUAUCCCUCUUCCUUACCGUAUGUUUGCUUUUGCCUCCUUUAAUCCCAGUCAGCCUCUGUGGAUGGACGCUCACACUGAGCCUGGUUCUGCUGGAGGUUUCUUCCAUGUUAAAAUCCCUCACACAAGCAUGCUUAGUGUGAGGGA